GUCGGCCGUGCGGGGUCCCGGCGUCGGCGGCGCGCGCGCUCCCUCCUCUCGGAGAGAGGGCUGUGGUAAAAGCCGUCCGGAAAAUGGCCGCCGCCGCCGCCGCGCCGAGCGGAGGAGGAGGAGGAGGCGAGGAGGAGAGACUGCUCCAUAAAAAUACAGACUCACCAGUUCCUGCUUUGAUGUGACAUGUGACUCCCCAGAAUACACCUUGCUUCUGUAGACCAGCUCCAACAGGAUUCCAUGGUAGCUGGGAUGUUAGGGCUCAGGGAAGAAAAGUCAGAAGACCAGGAUCUCCAGGGCCUCAAGGACAAGCCCCUCAAGUUCAAAAAGGUGAAGAAAGAUAAGAAAGAAGACAAAGAGGGCAAGCAUGAGCCCGUGCAGCCAUCAGCGCACCACUCUGCCGAGCCCGCAGAGGCAGGCAAAGCGGAGACGUCAGAAGGGUCGGGCUCCGCCCCAGCCGUGCCAGAAGCUUCUGCCUCCCCCAAACAGCGGCGCUCCAUCAUCCGUGACCGGGGACCUAUGUAUGAUGACCCCACCCUACCUGAAGGCUGGACACGGAAGCUUAAGCAAAGGAAAUCUGGCCGCUCUGCUGGGAAGUAUGAUGUGUAUUUGAUUAAUCCCCAGGGAAAAGCCUUUCGCUCUAAAGUGGAAUUGAUUGCAUACUUCGAAAAGGUAGGCGACACAUCCUUGGACCCUAAUGAUUUUGACUUCACGGUAACUGGGAGAGGGAGCCCCUCCCGGCGAGAGCAGAAACCACCUAAGAAGCCCAAAUCUCCCAAAGCUCCAGGAACUGGCAGAGGCCGGGGACGCCCCAAAGGGAGCGGCACCACGAGACCCAAGGCGGCCGUGUCAGAGGGUGUGCAGGUGAAAAGGGUCCUGGAGAAAAGCCCUGGGAAGCUCCUCGUCAAGAUGCCUUUCCAAACUUCGCCAGGGGGCAAGGCUGAGGGGGGUGGGGCCACCACAUCCACCCAGGUUAUGGUGAUCAAACGCCCCGGCAGGAAGCGAAAAGCCGAGGCCGACCCUCAGGCCAUUCCCAAGAAACGGGGCCGAAAGCCUGGGAGUGCGGUGGCAGCCGCUGCCGCCGAGGCCAAAAAGAAAGCCGUGAAGGAGUCUUCUAUCCGAUCUGUGCAGGAGACCGUACUCCCCAUCAAGAAGCGCAAGACCCGGGAGACGGUCAGCAUCGAGGUCAAGGAAGUGGUGAAGCCUCUGCUGGUGUCCACUCUCGGUGAGAAGAGCGGGAAGGGACUGAAGACUUGUAAGAGCCCCGGGCGGAAAAGCAAGGAGAGCAGCCCCAAGGGGCGCAGCAGCAGCGCCUCCUCGCCCCCCAAGAAGGAGCACCACCACCAUCACCACCACUCAGAGUCCCCAAAGGCCCCCAUGCCACUGCUCCCACCCCUGCCCCCACCCCCACCUGAGCCCGAGAGCUCCGAGGACCCCACCAGCCCCCCUGAGCCCCAGGACUUGAGCAGCAGCGUCUGCAAAGAGGAGAAGAUGCCCAGAGGAGGCUCGCUGGAGAGCGACGGCUGCCCCAAGGAGCCAGCUAAGACUCAGCCCGCGGUCGCUACCGCCGCCACGGCCGCAGAAAAGUACAAACACCGAGGGGAGGGAGAGCGCAAAGACAUUGUUUCAUCCUCCAUGCCAAGGCCAAACAGAGAGGAGCCUGUGGACAGCCGGACGCCCGUGACCGAGAGAGUUAGCUGACUUUACGCAGAGCGGAUUGCAAAGCAAACCAACAAGAAUAAAGGCAGCUGUUGUCUCUUCUCCUUAUGGGUAGGGCUCUGACAAAGCUUCCCGAUUAACUGAAAUAAAAAAUAUUUUUUUUUCUUUCAGUAAA